CCAAACACCCAGCAAAGCACUUUCCAUCCGACCCUCCCUCUUCCCGAAAGCUGCGAACGCAAUUAGCAGCUUCACCCGGAAAACUUGGCCGGCUGGCAGGGGGAUGCUAAUCCCAUCCACCAUGGGGACAGCCACAUCUGCAUCGUGCCCCCCGCUGCUCAUCUAUUGUUCGCUACCUGGAAGGGUCUCUCCAUCCCCCCCAACUCCGCCCCCCCAGAGGCCAUCCAGAGGGUGGCUGCGACGCGGUGCUGGGGGUAUAUAAGGCAGCGGGGAUGCGGGGACGUCGCAGAUGCUCUCCGGGAGACAGGGACGGAGGCAGCCGUGCUCCAGCCCACGCCGCAGCUCCUCUGCAGUUCGGGUGCCCGUCGCUCACCGGCAGGAUGCGGGGCGCGCUGUGCUGCAGCCUGCCCGUGGUGCUGGGGCUGCUGCUGUGCCACCCCGCUGCUGCCAGUGGCCCGUGCUGGGAGAACAGCAAGUGCCAGGACCUGGCCACCGAGGCCGGCGUUUUGGCGUGUGCCAAGGCGUGCCGAGCUGAGAUGUCAGCCGAGGCACCCGUGUACCCAGGCAACGGGCACCUGCAGCCCCUCUCCGAGAGCAUCCGCAAGUACGUGAUGAGCCAUUUCCGCUGGAACAAGUUCGGCCGUCGCAACAGCAGCAGCGGAGGGCACAAAAGGGAGGAGGUGGCCGGCGUGGCCCUGUCCGUCGCGUCACCCCGCCGCCCCGUCGGGGACGAGGAAGAUGGAGAAGGGCUGGAGCGAGAGGAAGGGAAACGCUCCUACUCCAUGGAGCAUUUCCGCUGGGGCAAGCCGGUGGGACGGAAGAGGAGACCCAUCAAGGUGUACCCCAACGGGGUGGAAGAGGAGUCGGCUGAGAGCUACCCGAUGGAGUUCCGGAGGGAGAUGGCGCCCGACGGGGAUCCCCUCGGCCUCUCCGAGGAUGAAGAGGAGGAGGAGGAAGGCGAGGAGGAAAAGAAGGACAGCGGCUCGUACCGCAUGCGGCACUUCCGCUGGCACGCGCCGCUGAAGGACAAGCGCUACGGCGGCUUCAUGACCUUGGAGCACAGCCAGACCCCGCUGAUGACUCUGUUCAAAAACGCCAUCAGCAAAAGCACCUACAAGAAGGGUCAGUGAGCGGGGACGGCCCGCGGGGGCAGCCCAGCCCACGUGGCCCCACACAGCUUUAGUGUCCUGCUGGCAUGCGUGUGUCACUUAGAUCCACAGAUCGCUCAUUAUGUCAUUAAUUACUACUCCAAAGCCCUCCUGCCCCGACACCGAAAGGCAACGGGUUGGGGCUGAACACACCAACGUGGCCAGGGAGCGGUGCUCAUGCUGGGUCGUUUUCCUAUUUUCACUGAGCUGUACAAUACUGUAAAUGAUGGAUUAAAAGAAUUC